CUCUGCCCUUUUGACCUUUUUGCCGGCCUUUAUAUAUACCUUAAUAAAAAUCAUUUCUUGCCAUAUCAAGAAUCAAGAUCAAGAACCCAUCUGUAAUCGCUCGGGCUUUGCCGCAAACAAGGAUCCGAACAAUACGUUCCCUCUUCACUCCUUUUCCAUCUUCAUAAAUGGCUUCGGAUCCAAAGGUUCAUCUAUUCGAAGAAGUGGCAAAGCACAACAAAACCAAAGAUUGCUGGCUUGUAAUCUCUGGGAAGGUUUAUGAUGUAACUCCUUUCAUGGAGGAUCACCCCGGAGGUGAUGAAGUAUUAUUGUCAGCAACUGGGAAAGAUGCCACAAAUGAUUUCGAAGAUGUUGGGCACAGUGAUGCGGCAAGAGAAAUGAUGGACAAAUAUUACAUCGGAGAAAUUGAUCCUUCAACUGUUCCCUCGAAGAAGAUUUACAUUCCAUCACAACAAACCCAGCACAACCCAGAUAAGACACCUGAGUUUGUGAUUAAAAUCUUGCAGUUUUUGGUUCCCAUAUUGAUUUUGGGUUUGGCAUUUGCCGUUCGACACUACACCAAGAAUGAAUGAAUGAAUAAAACCCUCUGGAGGGUAAAAACUGCUUUUUCGUAUCGAUUUAUAUUUGGUAGAAAGGACGUUCCUUUUUCUGUUUUAGCUUAUCUUGUCCAGUGUUUUCAUGUGGGGGGUUGGUCGUACGCUAGAGUUCUCUGGAUCGAAUGAAGUAUUCUACUUAAAAAUAAGUAAAGCUGAGGUCUAUUUUUUUUCCUCCUUUUUUCCUUUGUUCAUCCCUUAAUGAUAAAUCAACAUGGUGAACUUCAUGGUUUUCCA